AUGCCCGAGCCUGGCCGCCAGGGCGCACUAGAGCGCCUCCUCGUCCACAGCUUCUCUCCGGAACCCGUACUGAAGUGGAAAUAUUUUCAGGUUGCACUGUGUCCAUCUCUGUACCAGCCUCUGCUGUCCUGCUGCCAGAGAAAAUCCAUCGCACCAGUGAAGAAAAUAGACUUUGUGUCAAGCUCGUCAGAUGAGAGCUUCAAGGACACUGCCAAAGUGCUCGAAGGCCUCUACUCUUCUGAAGAGAAAGCAGCCAUUUUGCAGGUGCUCAACACAGCGUCUGUGGACGAACUUGCUGCCUUCACAUUUCUUCGAGGAAGGAAAUCAGUUAACAUUGUCAAGCACAGGGAGAAGCAUGGGCUUUUUCAGGACUUGGAAAGCUUAAUGGAAGUGCCUUUGUUCCAGUAUAAAACCAUAGUGAAAGUGUGUGACUCAAUCCUACAGCCAGAAUGGAAGAGGAAAAAAAGAGAGAAAAGAACCACAGAAAACUGGGUGCUAGGAAAGGUGACCAAGCCAGGAGUGGAAAAAAAGAAGCUUAAGGCAGCUAAUAGUAUUGUGUCUAUUGUUUUUGGCAAAGAAAAAAUCGCCUGGGCUCAUCUUGAUAACAAACUAACAGUUCUUGACUGGCAGCAAGGAAAUUCCUUUAAACAGAUGAAAGAAACGUACGUGUCAUCUGUGUAUCUGGAAAGGAUUUCUUCAAUAGUUUCAGAAAUCCUGAAGCGAUUUCUACGUUUGGAAAAAAGGACAUUCUCUCUUCAGCAGACAACUUUGUUUCCAGUCGCAUUACACUUCCACAUUGUGGAGGCCCAUGCUGUAUUCCUUGUUAAACAAACGUUUGCUCAGGAUGGCCACCAUCGGGUGUUGAGCAUGAGCCGGAAUGUGGUGGGGAAACACUUUGAUUUGAUGCUUGGCACUAUGCGGACAAGCGGCAUGGAUGUGGUCCAGCAGCUUCUCACAGACUCUGUAAUGAAAGCAGAGCCCCGGGUGUUCUUCCCACCAGAGAGGGUGAUACGCUAUAGAAGUAUGAUGGAGACUAACGGAAGAGAAAGGAAGGAAGAGUUGUGGGAUUCCCUGCUGCAAGCAGUGGCUUUUUAUGAGCUCUUGGUGUUCGACCCUCAAACGUAAAGCUUUCCCUGGGUGCAAUACGGCGCAGGGCAGAGGCUCUUCAACUUUGUCUUGCUCGUGUUAGCAUAGUGGAGAGAGCACUAGACUUGGAGUCCAAAAUCUCCGGGUUCAAAUCCUGCCCUGUACACUUUCUCCAGGUGUGAACCUGGGCAAGUCACCUCAGCCCCUACUCUGUGAAACAAGAGGGCUGGACUUGAUGGCCCAUAAUUCUAGGUCCUUCUAGCUCUAAAUGGGUAACCUUCUGACCCUCAGCACACUGGCCACUUAAAUUGACAACAAAGAAACGUUCCCAGACCCUGACCUUGGGAUUCCCCACCUCUCCCAUCCAUCGUUAUCUCUUCAGGCAUGGAAAUAGAAGAGAUGCCUUUGCACCAACCUCCGGGAUAGAGGUGGUAUGGUGAUCUUCCCGACUCCUAGCUGGGAAGGCUUCAGGUGAGCACGAGGCUUCUGCCAGCAGCCUGGCAGAAAGCCAUGGCCCCUUUUGAGAACCUGCAGACAGUCUCUCUCUGCGCCAUAGCUCUGCCAACUGGGUGAUCUUGAGUGAUUCAGCUUAGAAGCAGGAUACUGUUGGUCCAGAGAGAAGAAAAAAGGCACGAGAGGUUCUCCAGGCUUGUGCCCUCAACUAGCAGCUCAGGGAACAGAGGCGACGUUGAUAACAGGCCAUCUGAGUCUAUAAAUCUAGUGGUUUUUUACCCUGUUCCAUACUGACCCCAGAAACCUGGCUUAUCUAUAAAACGAGAAUGGGUUGGACUAGAUUACCCCUAACAUCCUUUCCAGUCGUAACAUUAUGAGCCUCAGUCAUCAGCAACUCUUAGUAGCAGCAUUUCUAAGACUGCACAACUUAGCCAUCUCUUGGUUUUUCAUGUCAAAGGCUGGGAGAAUAUGGUUAGUUGAAGUGGGGAUUUUUAGACACUUGGGUGGCUCAUACUUUUUUGGCGAUCAACUAAAGAUCAGUCAGAUCAGUUAUUUAGAAAGCCUGCUAAGGAAUCCAGUGCUGUUAACAAGGUGCCAGUCCUCCUCCCCUUUACCUGUCUGUCCUCUCAGGUGAUGGUGCCUAAAAAGCAACAAACAGACCAUAUACCACCAUCCCCCUCAAAAGCUGUGCCAUAGCUAUGAUUAUUUUUGGUUUUGUUUUGGCAGGGCAAUGAGUGUUAAGUGACUUGCCCAGGGUCACACAGCUAGUAAGUGUUAAGUAUCUGAGGCCAGAUUUGAACUCAGGUCCUCCUGAAUCCAGGGCCGGUGCUUUAUCCACUGCGCCACCUAGCUGCCCCCUGUGCCAUAGGUAUUAUUACACUACAGGUUGACAAAUGAAGUGUAUUCUCAUUGUGGGUUUUUAAUGGUUGUGACUCUCCAGGAAAUAUCAGAAUAAUAAAAGCUUUGCUUUUAAUUAUUUGGGGGUUUUUUGCCUUUUUUAAGGUUUUUGGUUUUUAAAAAGCCUUUACAACCCAGUCCCCUUCUACUUUUCUGGUAUCCUACUUCCCUCCUUGGCCUCUGUGAUAGGGCACCAUGAGGCUCCCUGCUAUUGUUUGUUUUGGGGUUUUGGGGUUUUUUUUUUGUUUUUGCAGGGCAGUGAGGGUUAAGUGACUUGCCCAGGAUCAC